GUGCCGCGGAGCAAGGUCAAGAACGUGUACGUCCGCAUUCCUCAUGCCCUCAAAGGUGGUGUUCCAGAUUCUGUUUUUGAGCGGCUGAUGAAGUUUUAUCGGCAGACAUUCUGGAGCAACUUCGAGGCCUUGGCGAAGCGCGGACUGAAUGUCGUGCCUUUCAUGUCCGACAUGCUUGGUUUCUCGCACGUUGUUUUGCUAGUGUCUGGUGGUGACACCAGCUUUUCCCGACAGGCCAUGUAUGCCCACAAUUUCGCGUAUUUCGAUCCAAACAUCUGGUAUAACGAGGACGAAAUGCGAAAACAAAUCGAGCAGCUCAACGGCUGCUUCAUUCUCACAGGUCAGGAGGCGCCGGGAACAAGUCGCAGAUUGCGGGAGGAUCUAUACAAGAAGUUUUUGUCAGGAGAAGGCAUUUCUGGGCGGAAGCCAUAUGGCCUUCGAACACGGAUGAUUGAAUGCAUCGGCUGGAAGCGACUGGAAGCCAAUCGGCUCUUCCAGUUCUUGAAUGUCAGCAAAAGAGACUUCAAUGCCAUCCUUCGCCGGUCAUUGGUUUUCCGGAUAAAGGCUCGCUUUGAAGAUCCUGCCGCUAUUGCCGGUGCUUACUCCGACAUCCAUUUGGACGGCGUCUUCGCCAAAGACGAGGAACUGAAGUCAUUCUUGACGUCUGGCCCAGCUGUUCUUGCGGCGCUUCAACUCCAACAUGCAUUCGAGACUGAGCACUCCCAAAAGGACUGCGUCCAAGUGAUUGAAAAUUUCGUUCAAUGGGGAGGCGAUCGCGGUCUUACAGAAGCCACUAUGCGGGAAGCCUGCGGCAUGCCACCACGGGACGUCAGACAAUGCGCUUCCCGAGUUCAAGCCGUGAUUCAGAUUGAUGAUGAAGAAGAAUUGGCCGAGCGUGACCCAGAUAAAUUCUGGAAAAACACACAUACCUUCCUCAUGAACCACAUGCUUACUCAGCAGCGUGAGGAUGUGACCAAAGGGAUGUUGGACAGGUUGAAGUUUCCGCAGAGGCCUAACGUGAUCAAGGAAGAGUUCAUCAAGUCACUGCAGGACAAUGGUCUGCUGGUGGCGACCGGCGCUCGAGGCAAAGCGUCGGAUGUUUUCAGGGUGCAUAUCAAACAGUCUGGUUUGGACAAUGUUGCUGCUGUAACCCGCAAAGACGAUGAGUUGAUCUUCCCCGAGAUGUAUCACAUCGAAGCCUUCGAGAAGUAUGUCAACAUGCCUGCGCACCGACGAGAAAAUGCAAACAUCUUGGGGGCGUUUUACGUGUCUGCGAAAGCCAAGCCUGCCCGAGGCCGACCGUUCAAAGGCUCAGGAGAUAUCGCAGCUGACUUCUGCAAGAGAGGCCAGAAAUUGCUCGAUCAGGAAGAUUUGUUUGAUGAAGUCAUACAGAGCUUCAACCGUAUCAACAUAUCCUCUCAGCCAAGCCAGGCUAUGCCAGCGAAACGCAGGCGCUGCGGCAGCGGCAGUGAGACAAAGCAAGUAAAAGAUGAACUCAAGGAGCCUAAGGCGGAGCUGGAGCCAAUCGUGCAUGUUCAGUGCCAAUACAAAUAUAGUGACUCCGUUUCUUUCCGAUCGCGGAAGACUGUCAUCGGCACAGGCAUGCAAAGGUUCUGCAGGCGUGCUCAAGUUCACUUGGCAGCUGACACUGUGGACCUUGACGUGCACAAUUCCGCUUUUACCGUCUUCCACCAGCUAUUGCCGAAGCUUGCGUGUGUGCCGGAGCCGCCGGACUACGUCAAGGAGGUAUUAGACAAGUGCGCACGUGAUCGCAAUCUGGUGUGCUCGGACAUUCUGAAAACAAGCCAGGUCCGUGGCAAGCAGCUUCUCACCAAAGUCCUGUUUGGUGGGGCAGUCCCACGUGAUGUGCCGGAGGGUGCAGCUUUCUUGGUAAAUCUGAAGAAGGCCUCGAUAUAUCUCAGAUGGUUGGCGUCGUCAAUGUUUCCCGACACAGUGGCUAAAUUCGCGCAGCCGGAAAGCAAGAAGACAAACCCAACCAAUUCUGUCCUGUCCCACCUGUACCAAGCUAUCGAGGAUUAUGUGUUAUCUGCGUUCGUGGAAUAUCUCUUGCAGUUUCAGCCUCAGCACUUGUCCUUGCAUUACGACGGCGUCAGGGUUUCCAAAGGCCAAGGCGGUUGCUCAACCGCUGAGCUGUGCGAGAAGAUACAAGCAUACAUUCUGAGAAAGACAGGCUUCGAUGUGACAAUCUGUGAAAAGAAACAUCUCACAGUGCUGGAAAUUCUCAAAGGUGUUGCAUGUAGUGUCAACGAGACCGGCUUGCCCGAAACUUCAGGCUUGCGUCGGCAAGGGAAUUGUAUUCCAGCAGCCGUGGCUUUGCUACAGAAGAGAGUGUCAGAUGUGGAAGGCCUUAUUGCUGAUGCUGCCCGAGAAGAGAACAAACGAUUCCUGGAUGAUGGGUGCCGUUCAUACAAAGAUUGCAUGAGUUUGUUAGCUAUUAAUGUGCUUCCACUUCCGGACUGCACUGAGUUGGCUACGGGGCUGUAUCUUCUGCACGCAGAAGGGAAUGGCACGCCACAUUGCGUUGGCUUAGAGGUGUCUCAAGGGCGUGUCAACGUUCACGAUGUUCUGACGAGUUUCGCUGUUGCAAAGGCGGACUUCCAGCAUGCUGUAGACAGUGGUAUCGACAGAAGUGCAUGUCUGCUCUUUCGACUGUCAAACUCGCUGGAUGAGCAGCCGCAACAUGACGGGUGGGAUGCAGCUGCGUUGAAGGAACUGGGAGACCUCAAGGCAG